GAACAAGUAAUUGCACUUGCAAGAUCAUACCCAGUAAUGAGUCUGCGUCAUAUUGCUCGUCGUGUCGGAAUCUCACAUAUGACAGUGCGUCGUAUAAUUCGUGAAGAAGGUCUUCGACCAUUUAGAAUUCAAAGUGUUCAAGCACUCCAAAAUAAUGACUACGAUGUUCGAAAACGUUUUUGUCAAUUGAUGCUUCGAAAGUUGCACCGAAAUCCAAAUUUCCAAAAAAAUAUUAUUUUCACGGAUGAGAGUAGUUUUUCUAACCACGGUUUACAAAACAGACAAAAUGUUAGAAUAUGGAAUUAUCGAAACCCUCAUGCCAUGAUACAACAUUUCAAUCAAGGACGCUUUUCAGUCAAUGUGUGGGCAGGAAUAUUCAUCAGAAUGGAUCGGUUCUUUGGCUGAGAAGAAGAAGUAGAAGACGAACAUUUUUCAAGAAUAGAAGGUUAGGUUUGGAUUACGAAUGGGUUCAUCUGUCUCCUUACCGUAUGCAGCUACCACGGAGGGAAAGAAAUACGAUAGGAGAUUUGGCCUAUUUCCCGAUAGAUUAUGUUAGCGUUAAAGCUGUUACGCGAGUGUACAGGCGCGGGGAGAGGAUGCCGAAGAAAGCGUGGAGUGCACUACUUUCAGCAUGUGUUGACUUCCAGAGCGAACAAGCCGUAAUGUCGAGGACAGACCCACUUGGAUUUCAGCAAGAGGUUUCGCGUUUCGUUCUCACUUAGCAAGAGUGCAAGGAGAUACUUCGACGAUGUUUUCGAACCACUUUCGUUGCACUUGCUUUAUGGACCUUUCCGCAAUAACGUUUCGUGAAAAAUAAAAACGAUCCAAUAAUUGCCAAAGCGAACAAAAAAUUAUUCUUUAUUUAUUAUUCUAUUAUCAUAAGAAUGACUUCCGCAGUGAAUCGGUUUAUAAUGAGAAAGUGGAUUAUUUACUCAUACCUAAUACAAUGAUGGAGACUUAACUCAAUAAUUAUAAAUUUUGUAAAAAUUUUUGUUUCAAAUUUUUGGAUCGAGGUGCGUGCUGCGCGACAGUGUUGAGUGGAUGAUGAUAUGUGACAAAAUAUGACGAGAUAAGACAGGGAAUGACGAUAGGUGGCGAAA